GUUCUUCCCCGCCGGAUUUACACAUUUUUUUUACACAUUCGGUGAAAUAAUUAAGAACCAAUGAAAUGCAUUUGACACUUUGCAAGAACUGAGCCCCCAAAUAAAAAAAAAUUUCACACUUUUUAGAAAGACGCUUAUUUUUAAAGAUCCGAGCCAAUGAAGUUGUUCCUGAUUUCGUAACUUCAUAAUGAGUUAUAUAGUAACAUGGAAUACGUUGUAGUUAUGACACAAGAAAAGAAAGCUGCUUCUUCUGUUAAUGGCGAAAGUGACAGCAAAGAUGAGGAAGGUAUUGUGCUUCGACAAGAGCAUACUCCUGCUUUGUUAGAAGCAAAUACUCCAGAGGAAAAAGAACAACGAAUCUUAAAAGCUUUAUUGGAAAAGAUCGGCCGGGAAUCGGAAGCCCAUGUAGUUUGUGCGGUUGUGAGAAAGGUAGUUGGGUACAACCGUGCCCAUUACGUGAUCUCGGGGACAGAAGCUGGUGAGGGUUUUUUGCAGGAGUACGAAGAAAGGAAUGGAGGUUCUCUCAGCUCCAACCUUGAGUAUUUUGCUGAGAGACACAAGAGUGUUGAGGAAGGACGAGUGAAAGGUCCUUCAUAUAAAGUGACCAAAAAUCCCCCGGCUAUCAAGCGAAAGAGGACGAAACAAGGGCAAUUAUCACUGAUACAGAGACACAAGAAGUUCAGUGAUCCUCCUUCAAAGAAGUUGAACGAGACGCCGAACAUGUCGUUCUCAGACAUGUCGGCUUGGGAAUCUCGAUCAGGAAAUGGCCAGCACAUCUCCAAUUUAGACGAGAGUUGCCAAGUUCAUCAUUCCUUAUCAGAAAAAGUAGCAAUGGUUGAUGCAAAUUAUGAAAGACGAUAA